AAACCCAGCAAUUGAUAAACCUCAACAAAACCCCAAGUCUUAAGUCUUAACUCUUAUCCAACCUUCAACAAUGGCGCUCAUCUUAUCCUCAAAAUUCUUUCUCUUCAAUCCCUUACUCCAUUCUCCUCCACACUUUCUCUCUCCUCCUCUUCCUCUAAAGCCAUUCAAUGGCAUCGUCGUAUCGGCAAUUUCGUCGCCGGAGCGAAAGUCCCGGCGCCGGCGACAGCCGAAAGAGGACACUUCGACGGCGUCUUCAGCGGCGGAGAAAGGAUUAAGGCUAGCAUUUAUGGAAGAACUUAUGAUUAGGGCUAGAAAUCGAGACACAAUUGGAGUUUCAGACGUUAUUUAUGAUAUGAUUGUUGCUGGUCUUAAUCCUGGUCCUAGGUCUUACCAUGGUCUUGUUGUUGCUCAUGUCCUCAAUUCCGAUGAGGAAGGCGCUAUGCAAUCCCUGAGACGAGAGUUGAGUGUUGGACUUGUUCCUCUCCAUGAAACAUUUUUAGCAUUGGUUCGUUUAUUUGGGUCCAAGGGCCAUGCUACCAGAGGUUUAGAAAUCCUUGCAGCGAUGGAGAAGUUAAAUUAUGACAUCCGCAAAGCUUGGUUGGUUCUUGUUGAGGAGCUGGUUAGAAGCAAUCAUUUGGAAUUUGCCAACAAGGUGUUUCUGAAGGGUGCUGAGGGUGGAUUAAGGGCUACUGAUGAGAUAUACGACCUCUUAAUUGAGGAAGACUGUAAAUAUGGGGAUCACUCUAAUGCCUUAACUAUCGCUUAUGAAAUGGAGGCAGCUGGCCGGAUGGCUACAACUUUCCAUUUUAACUGCCUUUUGAGUGUUCAGGCAAAUUGUGGAAUACCUGAAAUUGCUUAUGCAACAUUUGAGAACAUGGAAUUUGGUGAAGAUUAUAUGAAACCUGAUACAGAGACAUAUAAUUGGGUGAUCCAAGCAUAUACAAGAGCUGAAUCCUAUGAUAGGGUGCAGGAUGUUGCUGAGCUGCUUGGCUUGAUGGUUGAAGAUCAUAAAAGACUGCAGCCAAAUGUGAGAACAUAUGCGUUGUUGGUGGAAUGCUUCACGAAGUACUGUGUGAUGCGGGAAGCUAUUCGACAUUUUCGUGCAUUGAAAACUUUUGAAGGGGGAACAAGAGUUUUAUAUAAUGAAGGAAACUUUGGUGAUCCGCUUUCUUUGUAUCUCCGAGCUUUGUGUCGAGAAGGAAGAAUUGAAGAAUUGUUGGAUGCUUUAGAAGCUAUGGCUAGGGAUAAUCAGCCAAUGCCACCAAGAGCUAUGAUUUUGAGUAGAAAAUACAGGACAUUAGUUAGCUCAUGGAUUGAACCGCUGCAGGAAGAAGCUGAGCUUGGAUAUGAGAUUGAUUACAUAGCCAGGUAUAAUUCAGAGGGAGGGCUUACCGGUGAGCGCAAACGUUGGGUUCCUCGAAGAGGAAAAGCUCCUCUAGAUCCUGAUGCAGAAGGAUUCAUUUACUCAAAUCCAGUGGAAACCUCCUUCAAACAAAGAUGUCUUGAAGAAUGGAAGAUACGUCAUAGGAAGCUCUUAAGACACUUGAGGAAUGAAGGACCAGCCGCUCUUGGACCAAAUGCAUCAGAAUCUGAUUAUGUGAGAGUGGAGGAAAGAUUGAAGAAAAUGAUUAAAGGUCGUGAGAAGAAUGUUGUGAAGCCAAAAGCAGCUAGUAAGAUGGUAGUUUCUGAAUUAAAAGAAGAACUAGAAGCCCAAGAUCUCCCUAUUGAUGGAACUAGGAAUGUGCUCUAUCAGCGGGUGCAAAAAGCUAGGAGAAUAAACAUAUCACGUGGUCGUCCACUAUGGGUUCCUCCAGUGGAGGAGGAAGAGGAGGAGGUUGAUGAAGAAGUUGAUGAACUGAUUUCAAGGAUAAAACUGGAAGAAGGCAACACAGAAUAUUGGAAGCGUCGUUUUCUUGGGGAACAAUUAAUAUAUGACAAUAUGAAGCCUAUGGAUGGGCAAAAAUUAGAACCUGGAUACAUAAUGGAUGAUGCUGAAAUUGAGGAUGAUACUGCAAAAGAGAUUGAAGAUGAUGAAGCUGAUGACGAGGAGGAAGUAGAAGCGGAAGUGGAAGUAGAACAAUCUGAAAGCCAGGAAGGCCUGGUAGACAGGGUGAAGCACAAGGAAGUCGAUGCUAAAAAACCUCUUCAAAUGAUCGGUAUCCAAUUGCUAAAAGAUGCAGAUCAGCCAACAACCUCCAAAAAAUCAACGAGCAGAUCUUCUAUGGCGGCAGAGGAUGAUGAUGAUGAUGACUGGUUUCCUUUAGAUUUAUACGAGGCAUUCGAAGAAUUGAGGAAGAGAAAUAUCUUUAAUGUGGAUGAUAUGUACACCAUUGCUGAUGUCUGGGGAUGGACAUGGGAGAGAGAGCUGAAGAGCAGACCUCUUCGCAGGUGGUCUCAAGAAUGGGAGGUUGAUAUGGCGAUGAAAGUCAUGUCAAAGGUAAUAGAAUUAGGUGGUAUACCUACUAUUGGGGACUGCGCCAUGAUCCUUCGUGCUGCAAUAAAAGCUCCUCUUCCUUCAGCCUUCCUGACAAUCUUACACAUUACACACAGCCUUGGAUACAGGUUUGGAAGUCCUUUGUAUGAUGAAAUCAUCACUCUAUGCCUUGAUCUCGGGGAACUUGACGCGGCAAUAGCAAUUGUUGCCGAUCUAGAAACUAGUGGAAUCACAGUUCCUGAUGAGACACUGGACAAGGUGAUUGCUGCUAGACAAACGCCUGAAAACGCUGCUGAUGAAGCUUCUUGAAUAAUAUUCUUGAAAGUUAUUGUACAUAUUUCUGACCUUUUCCCAUGACCUUGUAUUGCUACUUAGUCUGAUCCGCAAGCUAUAGGCAUUGUAACCUCACUUGGAAUUUCAGAGCCAUCUUUGCAUAAUGGACCUUAUUGUAGCAAUUUUAAAGUUUAAGAUGAGAAGGAAUUUGGUUGUAGCAAUGUGUUCGACUCCCUAGUGUGCAGUCAUUCUGUUAGCGGAGCGGACAUGCAGUUGUUUUAUAUCGAGUUGUAUAUCUAACGGUUGUACAUUAGCUUUGCUCCCCUAACAAGUUGAUAUAGUCACAACUCACAAGUUA